AUGUCAAGUACUAUAGCCAGCAUAGGUACUGCUGUUGUUUCAGCGUUGCCCACGGCAACGAUCAAUCCUGAUGAUGUUAACUAUUAUUCUGGUACAAUGCCUAAUUUAAGGUUUAAUUGUACCAUGGCAGCUAUUUUCGGUGUUUUAGUGUUUUGUCAUGCUUUUAUCGGUGCAUUUACCAAGCAAUGGUGGUUUUUUGUGUGCUUUAUAUGUGCAUGCGUCCUUGAAACAAUCGGUUACGUUGGUAGGGCUUUGUCUCAUCAAGAUGGUGGUCCGCAGGCAGAUUAUUUCAUUAUGCAGAUUGUUUGUUUGACCAUUGCUCCAGUUUUCACUAUGGCCGGUAUCUAUUACCAAUUGGCAAAAUUGAUCGAAAUUUAUGGCCAGCGUUACGCUUUGUUACCAACUCCGAUGUCUUAUUCGUACAUUUUUAUCGUUUGUGAUAUUGUUUCGCUUGUCAUCCAGGCUGUCGGUGGUGGUACAUCUGCUUCUGCCGUUAGAGAACUGAAAAGUACCGAUACCGGUGACAACAUUUUCGUUGCUGGUCUUGCCGUGCAGGUGGCAUCGAUGACGAUCUUCUUGGGCCUAUGGUUCCAUUUCUUGUACGAAGUUUACAUCAAGACAAGAGCUGAGUAUUUGGGUAUAUCGCAUUGGAAGUGGUUUCAAUUAUUUAAAGUGUCAAGGUUCGACGUUGAUCACUUGUUCAGAGAAAAAUACGCAAUGGUCAGAGAAGGUCAUCGUUGGACUUUCCAUUACUUCAACUUGGCUCUUACAGCAGCGGUAUUGUUCGUGUAUGUUCGUUGUAUUUACAGAGUCGCUGAGUUGGCCCAAGGUUGGAAUGGUUUCUUAAUUUCUCACGAGUGGUACUUCAUUAUCCUUGACGCAUUGAUGAUGUCUUUGGCCACUGUGGUUCUAACGGUAUUCCACCCAGGCUUUGCAUUCAUGGGUAGAUCAAUCGAGAUUCCAGUCACUGGCUCUAAGAAAAAUCAAGGAGAGAAUGAUAACGAAUCCAAAGCAUCUCUUCCUGAGAGCAAUACUGAAACCAAUGACGUGAAAGGCCCUGUUUCAGAUGAGAAAGCUGGUGUCUUGCCUGGUAUAUUCAGAAGAAAGAAAUAA